AUGCCCAACAAAGUUGCAUUCCUCGACCUACUGGAUGAACUGUCCGAAGAGGCUACAGCUAUCGGGGCUGUCAACACGUCAUUUGUUCGACUCGACCAACAUGGAAAUCGGAGACAUGUUGGCACAAACACCGAUUGCAUUGGCAUACGUGAGGCAAUCUUAAAUCAAGCCCCACUUGCAUCCAAGGCUGCACAAGGUCGACCCGUGCUGGUAAUCGGAGGCGGGGGCGCGGCUCGAAGCGCGAUUUAUACUCUCUGGAGGUGGUUUGGGCCUUCUAAAAUCUACAUCGCCAACCGCCUCAAGUCGGAGAUAGAUGCCUUGGUUCAGUUUUUCCACUCUACAGCACCAGGAAUGAGGCUCCACCCGUUAAUCACCGUGGAAGAAGCACGGUGUAUUGAUACUCCGUACAUUGUGGUGGGCACCAUUCCAGACAACCCACCUCGAGAGCCCGGCGAGAUUCUUUGUCGACAAAUCUGUGACACGAUUCUUCGCAAAGACGGCAGAGGUAUUUUCCUCGAUAUGUGCUACCUGCCAUCUCCGAUGACACGCCUUUACACUAGUGCCGCUGCAAAUGGCUGGCAGGUUGUCUCUGGAACUGACGUUCUGGUGCGAGUAUGCAUUGCGCAACAGACCUUGUGGCUGGAAAUGAAUACGAAUGAGGCUGGUAUGAGAGAAGCCACGUCAGCUCUUUGGGAAAUUACCCAAUCUCAACAUAGGACUCAAAAUUCCAAGCUUUAG